CCCGAAUUCGUCGGUUUUCAAGAUCGCGAAUUCCUCAAUUCACACAACCUACGACCAGUAUCAGCCUAUGACAUCGACCAAUCGGCCUCUUCUCUUUCAAUACGGAGGUAGUUACUAGCAAAUCCGCAUAACCUGCGACAUAGAUUACGAUAUACCCGACCAUACCCGAAUAAGCCCAAGAAAAAGAAGGGAAAAGACAAACCACCAAAAUGCAGCCCACCCAAGCGCUUCUAAAGCGCUUCCGCAAGCUACCCUUAACCACCAAGGACAUCAAGAAGGGAUACUACAAGGGAACGCGAACAGGAAGUAUGGGUCGACAUACCAAGUUCGGCGGGUACAUAAUCGACUGGUCCAAGGUGCGGACAUACGUCGUUCCUACCGGGUUAACUGAGUUUAAGUUAACGCCCUUCGUAACGAACAAAGUGCCGCCAACGAAAGGACGAUACGAGGGCUAUGCCAAGGGACCGAAGAGCCCAGAAUUGUAUUUAGAUCGAUGGAAGUCCGAGAAUGGAUUAGAUUGAAGUGUCUAUCACAUGUCUCAAAAUGAAAAUAAAUUACAAUUGCAAACUGUAUACCGACGAGUACACGAAACAUAGACAUAUACGCUCGGCUUAUUGACAAAGCCGACGACCGACUUCUUAUAACGGGCUUUGAGUAACUUCCCCGGAAGCUACUACGACCUCAAGGCAUAGUGGAUGGCGGCAUAAGGGUAUGAAUAACGAUAUAUAUGUAAAAUCUGUAUUAUACCAAUCACAUAUGCAUCAAUCAUAUACAGCUACACAUAGUGAAUUCAAAGCCAUACUGUAAUAAUUUCAAAAUAUUCAAU